AUGAAAUCAUUUUUUUCUUUUAAUAUACUAGAAAAUGUUGGUAAGAAAAUAAAAAUUAACUUUAUUCAACUGUUGAUGAUAUUUCUUCUAUAUCUAAAUUUAGAUUUUUUGAAUGUCAAUAUAAAUGUUAAGGCAAUACAUACGAAGAAUAAUUUAUUUAUACCUGCAAGUAACGAAAUAUUUUAUUUUAAAAAAAAUGUAUUAACAAAAAAAAGGAAUAAGGAAAAAAAGUAUCAUACACAUUCUAAAAACAAGGGAUCCAAUAUAUUUUUAAAUUUGAAUGAAGAAAAUGAGAAUAAAGUGGAAAAAAGAAAAAAAAAAAUUAAUUAUGAAGAAAUAGAAGAAUAUAAUGAUGAUUUAAAAGAUAAACAAAAUAAUAACAAUAAUAACAAUAAUAACAAUAAUAACAAUAAUAACAAUAAUGAUAAUAUUAUUUAUGACAAUAAUGAUGAUGAUCAAGGGAAAUGUAAAUUUUCACAGUUCAAUGAAAUAAAUAAAAAUAUUGUAGAAUUUUUAGAAAACAAAAAAGGUAUUAAAUAUAUGACUAAAAUACAAUCAGAAAGUUUUAGACCUAUAUAUGAAGGUAAAGAUAUUAUUGGACGCUCAGAAACUGGGUCAGGUAAAACGUUAGCAUUUGCCUUACCCUUGGUUGAAAAAUUAUAUAAAAUAAAAACAUCCAAUGGAGGACUUAAAGAAGAAAAUGAUUCAGAUGAAGAAGAUUCAAAGCUAAACAUACAUGAUAAUGAUAAUAAUAAUAAUAGUAAUUAUAAUAAUAGUAAUAAUGUAUCAUAUGGUAAAAAAUAUCUUAAUCGAGAACAUAAUAAAGAUCCAUACAUAUUAGUAUUAGAACCUACCAGAGAAUUGUCAAAACAAGUAGAGAAUACUUUUAAAGAAAUUAGCCAAUUUUAUAAUUUUAAUAUUAUGUCUAUAUAUGGAGGAGAGAGUUAUACAUAUCAAGAAAAUAAAUUAAGAAAAGGCAUUGAUAUAGUAACAGGUACUCCUGGACGUAUUAUUGAUCAUAUUGAAAAAAAGAAUUUAUCUCUACAAAAUAUUAAAUAUGUUGUUUUAGAUGAAGCAGAUGAAAUGCUAAAUUUAGGUUUUACACAUGAUAUAGAAAGAAUAUUAAGUAAUAUAAAUUUAAAGGAUGCACAAGUUUUAUUGUAUUCUGCUACGACCCCAUCAUGGAUAAAAGAUAUAUCUUCCAAAUAUUUAAAGAAUCCAUUUUGUAUAGAUGUAGUAGAUUCAUCUAAUAAAACUGCAAAAAAUAUAACACAUAUUGCUAUUAAAACACCAUAUGAUAUAAAAGAAAAAGCAUUAUUAUUAGAAGAUAUAAUAUUAGUUAAAUCUAAUGGUGGACAAGUUAUUAUUUUUACACGUACGAAAUUAGAAGCUGAUAUUUUAUGUUCUGAAGGUUCUUUUAAAUCCUUAUCAUUUGCUGUUUUACAUGGAAAUAUAGCACAAUCUACUAGAGAAUAUACUAUGCAAAGAUUUAGACAAGGGAUGUUCCAAAUAUUAAUAGCAACAGAUAUUGCUUCAAGAGGAUUAGAUAUAAGUAAUGUUGAUUUAGUUAUUCAAUGUUUCCCUCCUAAUUAUUCAGCUGUAUAUAUACAUAGAGCAGGUAGAACAGGUAGAGCCAAUAAAAAAGGUACAUCUCUAGUAUUAUAUUCAAAUGAAGAUAAACAAGAUUUAAUUAAAAUUGAAAAAAAUUGUGGUAUUAAAUUUAAUAUGGAAACAUUACCAAAUAAUGAACAAGUAUUUCAUUGUGCUUCAGAAAUAGCAUCUAAAAAAGUUCAGAAUGUUAAUAAAGAUAUUUUACCUUUCUUUCAUAAUACAGCUAAAGAAUUAAUUGAUAAAUCAAAUUCAUUAAAAAUAGAUCAAAUAGAAUUAAUAUCUAGAUGUCUAGCUAUAAUAGCAAAAAAAGAACAUAUAAAAAAAAGGUCACUUAUUAAUGGAUUGUCAGAAACUGUUACUCUAAAUUUUAUUAAUAAAAAUAGAAAAUGGAGAAGUGAAGAUGAUAUUAUAUAUUGGAUUAAUAAAUUAUCCAAUGAAUUAAAUGUAAACACGUUUAAUAAAAUUCUACAAGUUAAAAUUGAUAAUAAAGAUAGAACUUCCUCAUUUUUUGAUGUUAAUGAAAACUUAGCUGAAUUAUUUUUACAAAAUUUUAAAACAAUGUCUAAAAUAGAAUAUAGAAAAAUGUUUGAUUUAUCUGUAGCUCAAAGUAUACCUCAACAUGUAGACUUAAACAUGGAUUAUCAACCACAUACAAAUAGAUAUCAAUAUAGAAAAAAAAAUUAUUCAUAUAGAAGACGACCAUCUUAUUAUUAA